ACGGAAGUGCUGAUUGGUGAACGGAUGACAACAGAUUGUUUACUAUGUUUCAAGGCUAACGACAUAAAUCGGUAAGAACUAUAUUUAAAGGGUGCAGUCCAUAAUAUUGUCAUUUCACAAAGAUGAUGUACAUGUUAUGACUUGCGAGAGAACCUUGCAUAAAGACAUUUUUCACCAGAAGUUUCAUCCAUGUGAUUAUAAAAAGAAAGAAAACUAACUAGGUAAAUUUGAGAGAAAAUGAAAAACUCUAGAUCUGUGAACAAUUUUUUGGACUUGGGCCUUCCAGAAGAUUAUUCAACUUCAAAGUUUGGAAAUUCCUUGUGUGUUCCACGAAGUAGCUACAGAGACCAAGAUACAAGAAGAAACAGCAAUAUAAGCUGUGGAACCUCUUCUAGCUGUAUGAGUGAAAGCAACGAUAACUUGCUGGACAUAUACAACCCGAGUCCAUUAAGCUCGCGAUGUAACAGUUUGUCUCUUUCUGAAAUUCUUCACGUCUCCGUUCUUGGUGAUAGAGAUGUUGGAAAGCAUUCCUUGCUCCAUUUGUUUAAAGAUUCUGAAGACAUAUGGAGUGAUAUGACAGAAAGUAAUGCAGAGGACAACGAAAUUUGUGUUUCACUUGAUGGCAUAGAAACAUCACUUAUAUUUGUUGAACAAAUUACCUCGGAGAAUAUGAGAGCAUGCGCAUUCAUGGAUGUUAUAGUAGUUAUGUACUCAGUAGUAGACGCUGAGUCGUUCAGGUACGCUGCAAAAACUGUUGGAGAGAUCAACAAACAUAACCAGAAACCAGUCAUUCUUGUUGCCAACAAAGUGGAUCUAGCAAGAAACCGUGCCAUUUUUACAAAAGACGGUGAAAAAUUAGCCUCCAGAUUUGGGUGUAAAUACGUUGAGUUAUCUCUUGCUUUGAAUCAUAACGUGGAUGACCUGUUAGUAGACAUUGUUCGACAAGCUCGCCUUCAACCACAAUCCUCAAUAUCAGUAACAUCGAAAGGAAAACAACUAAAUACAGUUCAGAAAUUGACAAAUGGACUUCUAAAGAGAUGGAAAAAACUUCGACCAAAAGGAUCUCCUUGUACGAAUUUGUUAAACUGAGCAAGUGUUUCUUGUUCAAAAUUUGCUAUCUUUUACUCGUUAUCCCAUAUAUCCAAAAUCCUGUUUAGAACUUUUAUUCAUGACAAAAGAAAGCUGUCUGAAAAUCUUAAAAAUAUGUUGUAAAAAAAGACGAGAAAUUUCUAGUAAUUGAGAAUCAAGAAAUGUUUUGAUUA